AUGGUGCCGCUGAAAGAUAAUGUCGACUUGGAGUGCUACCUCGUCACGAAGCAUUCCUGGAAAGGAAAAUAUAAACGCAUUCUGGCCAUCGGCACGGCGGGCGUAUCGACUUACAACCCCGAUAAGUUCGACCUGACCAACCGCUGGCUGUACUCGGAUGUGGUGAGCGCGGCCCCCAACAAAACAUCGAAUAUACCCAACGAGUUUCAUCUGGUGGUGAAGAAGGACAGGAAACUCGACACGAUCAAGCUGUCGUCAGAGUUCCGCAACGACAUCCUCACCGCGAUCCUGAAGCACUACAAGGAGUUCUCCGAUAAGCCGAAGCAGCUCCAGAAAUUUCAAGCGUACAAGUACCACUGGUCGGGCGUAAGUUUACCCAUUGCUCUUGAGGUCACACCUUGUUCUUUAGAUCAGUUGGAUAUAACAACAAAUGUUGUUGUUGCUAGUUACCUAUACAAAGAUAUAGAAGGGAUAAUAGGAAUUCAAGACUAUGACGGAGGCAUUGUUCUCGCGUGUGGGGGUUUCAGCCGCCUUCAUUUGUUCAAGGCAAUGAAUCAUCAUGAAGUUGUCCAAAACGUAGUCCAACGUGCCGCUCAAUUUUUGAGCAUCGAUAUCAAAAUACUCAAAAGUCAAAUUACCAAACAACAAUUCGAAUUAGAACGUUUCGGAAAAUAUAGCGGAGAUCAAUUUCAAACGUCGAUGACUGAGUUCACCGUCCAAAAGUUCUCAACUAGACAUGGUGAUCCGGUGAAACGUAUUUUAUGUCUAACAGAAACGACCAUCCUUGAACGUGAUCCUCAAACAUAUUCGGUAUGCACUCUCAGGCCAUUGGUAGACAUCUACGCCUUAGUCCGUGAUAAAGAUAACACGCAACAAUUUAGUAUUGAAUAUAAAAACGGCAUAGUUAGAAAAUAUAUAACCAACGAUAGAGAUUCAUUGCUAGCAACAAUCCUAGAUGGGGUCCGAUCAAGUGGCAAUCAAGACGUUCAUGUUCGGAUUGCAAACACCCCUCGUAGCAAACGUGUAGUGCCUCUCAGUCACGCAGUUGACGAGGAGACUGAAGCUAAUUUACUGAGGCUUGUGAUAAAUUGUUUUCAAAACCCAACGAAGCGUUUUGAGAUUCUAGAAAGAUUUAAUGCGAAUAUUCCAUACAGUGGAUUGAAAUAUAGUGUCACGCAGGAUAGCUUAUUUGCUGAAAAUAAAGAAAAAUUAAUUUCGAGUGCGUUACAAUCACUUGCACAAAAAGAAGUAGAUAACCCAACAGCACAGCUUUCCAAUGUAGACCUCGAAGCAACAUUCCAUGCCCUCAGGCGAUUAUUAGCAAGUAAGGUCGGAUAUGCAGCGUUCACGAAUUUGCCAGGUUUCAGAGAAAUUAUUGGCAAUAAAGUGGUUGCUUCCUUGCGCCGAAAUGAUUUAUCUGUGACGUACGCGGCUAUUGACACCAUUAACUCUCUCAUGCAUUCAAUGAACGCCGACUAUGAUUUGAAGCAAGAACAACUGAACAAAUCAUCUGUGCUCUCUUCCAAGCAAUUUUUAGAGACGUUGCUGAAUAUGUGGACUAAUCAUGUGAGUCGUGGUAGUGGCGCCUUAGUUCUUUCUGCCAUGUUAGAUUUCCUUACAUUUGGACUCUGUGUGCCAUACAGUGAAACAACAGACGGCAAACAAUUCGACAUACUUUUGGAAAUGGUUGCGGAGAGAGGACGGUAUUUGUACAAAUUAUUUCAACAUCCGUCCUUGGCAAUUGUUAAAGGUGCCGGAUUGGUAUUGAGAGCUAUUAUUGAGGAGGGCGAAACACAUGUCGCGAAACAAAUGCAGUCAUUGGCGCUCGAUGAAGCCGCCCUUUGUAGACAUUUAUUAGUAUCACUAUACACGCCGGCUAACGAUCCUACUUUGGCAACUCAUAGACAACUCUCGAGACAUUUGGUAGGGCUUUGGAUAACUGACAACGAGCAAGCCAUGGAAUUAUUGAGAAGAAUAUUUCCUGCGGGUUUGCUUAUGUUCUUGGAGAGUCCUGACCCUGUGCCACAAACUGACGUCGAAGAGGAUAAGCUCAACUUCAGGGAUAAUUUAUCCCUUGCAAUGCAACAUUCUUCUCAACCAAAGCGAAAUGCAUUAGUGAAACAUUUAGAGGGUAUCAAGCAUUGGGGCCUCAAUUUAAUCGAUCAUCAAGAGAAAAUAAAUCAAGCACUCAAAAAUCGUCCCAUUGUGCUAAGAAAUCGACGCCAAAAAAAGAAAACUUCGGACGCCAUAGUGAACUUGCCGCUUUUCUUCUAUAGUUUCACCAAGGACCAUAGCCUGCCGAAUUUGAUUUGGAAUCAUAAGACUCGUGAGGAGCUGAGAAUGUGUCUUGAAAAUGAACUUCGGCAAUUUAUGACUGAUAAAGAAUUGGCCGGAACUUUAAUUGUUGCUUGGAAUUAUGAAGAGUUCGAAGUGCAAUACCAGUGUCUUGCUGAUGAAAUUAAAAUCGGAGAUUACUAUAUUCGACUGAUCCUUGAACGGGAUGACUGGCCACAGAAUCUUGUAAAAGAUCCCGUUGAACUAUUCAAUGCCUUAUAUCGUCGUGUAUUAUGUCGUAACCGUUUGAAUGACGAUCAGCUUACUGUUCUAUCUCUUCAAGCACUAGCUAAAGUUUACAAAAGAUACCAUGAACAAAUUGGGAAAUUUAGUGACAUGACAUACAUUGUUCAAUUAUUAGAUAGGUGUUUGGCACCCUCUUUACGAGACGCUCUCCUAGGCUUGAUAAAAUGUUUGGUUUUGAAUAAAACCAACUGUCGACCACUAGUAGACCACAUACAUUGUCUCGUUGAUUUAAUCACGCUGGCGCAUUUACAUAAAGGACGUGCGCUACCCAACACAAAAACGAACGUUAUCGAAGCUGGUCCCAACAUGGAAAUGUAUGAAGAGAAGGAGUGGUACUACAAUAUUGAGAAGGAGAAUGAAAAACCAGAACGGCAAGGUCCUGUGACUUAUUCAGAGUUAAAAGAGCUUUGGCACAAGAACGUUCUAACUCCCCGCACUCGUUGCUGGGCUAUUGGAAUGGAUGGCUGGCGUUCGUUGCAACAAAUUCCUCAAUUAAAAUGGUGUUUAAUGGCAAAAGGUCCGACUCUGUACAAUGAAAGUGAACUAGCCUCUCACAUUUUAGAUAUUUUAAUACAGUGCACUAGCUAUUUUCCCAGUCGUAGUCAGAACGGCGGUGCAGUUCUAAUUCCGGGACCAAAAAUGUCUAGAAAGCUUUCAGAUUUUGUUUGUUUACCGCAUAUUGUACAAGUCUGCCUAACUCAUGAUCCUGGUCUUUUGGAAAGAGUGGCUACGUUAUUAUGUCAAAUUAUGGAGGAUAAUCCGGAAAUGCCGAAGGUCUACUUGACGGGGGUGUUUUACUUCAUGCUUAUGUACACUGGAAGCAAUAUAUUACCAAUUGCUAAAUUUCUUAAGUUAACGCAUAUGAAACAAGCCUUCAGGAGCGAAACUAGCUCACAAUCAGGUAUCAUGCACCAUAGCAUACUAGGUCCUUUGCUGCCCGAAGCGAUGGUUUGCUUUUUAGAAAAUUAUAGCCCAGAGAAAUUUGCUGAAAUCUUUUUGGGUGAAUUCGAUACACCCGAAGUUAUUUGGAACUCCGAAAUGCGAAGAUUGUUGAUUGAGAAGAUUUCUGCUCACAUUGCUGAUUUUACACCUAGAUUAAAAGGGCAUACUAUGGCAAGGUACCCAUAUCUGGCAAUACCAGCGAUAAGUUAUCCCCAACUCGAGAAUGAGCUUUUCUGUCAUAUCUACUAUUUACGGCAUUUAUGUGAUACUCAAAAAUUCCCAGAUUGGCCAAUUUCUGAUCCUGUACAGUUGCUUAAGCACACUUUAGACGCCUGGCGAAAGGAAGUAGAAAAGAAACCACCGCAAAUGACUGUGCAACAAGCUUACCAUGACUUACAAAUUGAUUUAGAGAAAAUACCUAAGCCAGACGAGUCGACUAUUCGAAAAAGCUAUUAUCGUUUGGCUCAAAUGUAUCAUCCUGAUAAGAAUCCCAAUGGACGGGAAAUGUUUGAGAAAGUGAAUGAGGCGUAUGAGUUUUUGUGCUCGAAAUCAGCUUGGAACUCUGGUGGUCCAAAUCCAAGUAAUAUUGUGUUGAUUUUGAGGACGCAAAGUAUUUUGUUUUCAAGGUAUCCGGAUGUUCUUCAACCGUACAAAUAUGCUGGCUACCCACAACUUAUUAAAACGAUUAGGCUCGAAACUAAAGAUGAACAACUUUUCUCGAAAGAAGUUCCUCUUUUAACUGCAGCUUCAGAGUUAUGUUACCAUACAGUAGAUUGUUCGGCACUCAAUGCGGAAGAGUUACGUCGCGAAGAAGGCAUUGAAGCUCUACUGGAAGCCUAUACGCGCUGUGUAUCCAUUCUAGGAGUCGAUUCAAAGCCAGAGGACUUACACUUCCAAGUUAUUUCGAACAUAACAAAAUGUUUCGAGGUAGCAUGCAAGUUUGAGAAUUGCAAGCAAAAGAUUAUUCAGUUACCACAAUUGAUAGCGGAUGUAUGUCGCGUUGUUUAUUUCAAGAACGCUCUUUCAGUAAGUUUAGUUACAAACCUAGCCGCCAACAAUUACAAUCUCCAAUGCGAUUUGACCAGAAAUGGAGUUCUUUGGUCUCUUUUGCUGUUUAUGUUCGACUACGAUUAUACUCUAGACGAAAGCGGUGUUGCUACCGAUGAGAAAACGAACAACCAAAAACUAGCCAAUAAUUUAGCAAAAAUGUCAAUUUUAGCAUGUGUUGCUCUUUGUGGAUAUCAAUUGGUAGAACCUGAAAAGGAACCACCGUCGCCACCGAAGACAGAAUCGAAACGUUCAUCUGUUGACUCAAUACAAGGAGCGAAUUUAACACAAUCCACGUACAUGCAGAACGCUCAAAAUCUAAUACAAAACUCAAAACAUCUCACGCAGAAUUUCAAUGUAGAAAAGUCACCUAAGUUGGCAGCGAUUACCGAUGGAAAUGAAAAAAGUGGUCCGGUUGUUGAGUCUCAAGAAUCGAAGGUGAUGGAGAAGGAAAAUGUUGUUAAUAAGCAGAAGUACUUGAUAAGGGGAACAGCGUCUAAUGCAAUAACUAAGAAAGUUUUGGAUGUUCUUUUAACUACGUAUAUUUCGAAUCAAUUUGCAACGGAAACGGAAAAUGUGGUUUUAAAAACGCUUACAUCAAAUACUCGAAACCCCUAUCUGAUAUGGGACAAUGGAACUAGAGCCCAACUUUUCGAUUUCUUGGAGUACCAACGGAAUCAAUGCACCAGAGGAGCUUAUGAAGAUAUCACCGAAGUGCACGAAGUUGUAUCUACUUUUGUUUUCGAUGCUCACAAAGAUGAACUACGUAUCGGCGAAGUAUUCAUUCGGAUCUACAAUGAAAUGCCAACGUUUCCCAUUAUGAAUCCAAAAUCAUUCAUACUCGAUCUAUUAGAAUAUUUAAAACAAGCAUAUCGCCAUUUCUCCAGUGCAAGUAAAAUGAACAAACAAAAUAACAAAAUGCCAGCCACUGGUGGAAUUUUAUCGCCAACAUUAGCACCAAAUCAUCCACAAGCUAAAAGCAAAACAUUCGAUGACGCCUUGAAUGAAUACAAUCGAUCGAAAGCACGCAAUAAGAUAGAAAUUAGUUCAACCGAACCAUCAAAAGACACAUAUGAUUUUGUAAAUAAUCCGAAAAGUGUUGAGCACACAAUUAUGGUUUUACAGGCAUUGAUAUCUGUGAUAAAAUCUAAUCCUGAAGUUGAAAUCCAGUGCAUUGGACAUUUUGAUAUGAUAUUUGGAUUUCUCGCUAAUAAUUUAACGAGUCAGAACGCUACUAUCAAAUCGUUGGCACUUGAAGCUGUUGCCUUGGUUUCUCGGAAUAAAGAAUGUGUCAGUGAAAUCGCAGCAUGCGAUAUACAGGGCAGCUAUUUUGUCGCUUUGAAAGAUCCAGACCUGCGCGAUCAGCAGUUGAAAGUCCUGGAAACACUUUCGGGGCUUCUUAAUUCACAGGAGAUGAUUAAGGAAGCGCAAAACAAAGGUGCUGUGAUAUAUCUCUUGGACAUGUUCUCCAACUCAAGGAAUCCUCAGAUACGUGAGUUGUGCGCCGAAAUACUCGCCAAAAUGACAGCAGAUCGUUUGAGCGGUCCAAAGGUUCGAAUAACAAUUUGUAAAUUUCUACCUCCUUUAUUCGUUGAUGCUAUGAUUGAAUCUCCGGCAACUUCCGUUCAAUUAUUCGAGUCAAUACAUGAGCAUCCUGAAUUGAUUUGGAACGAUAAGACAAGAACAAAAGUCUGUGAUGUUGUUGCUGAUAUGUGUGAUGGUUUUUAUCAAACCCAAAAACAAAAUCCGAAAAUCUUAUGGAAGGAUCCGGAUACAUUGAAGGAUAUAAUACCAAGCGAAGUAAUGGUUUCCGGUGUUUAUUUGCGGCUGUUUAUUAGCAAUCCUGCAUGGACCCUUCGUAAACCAAAGCAAUUUCUUUCGGAUUUACUUGACUUUAUGGUAGAUCUUAUCAAUAAAAAUGCACCUGAUAAAGACACAUUAGACCUAGCGUCAACCGCACUUGUUGAAUUGUUACGUGCACAGCCCAACUUGUCUGACGAUAUUCCAGUGUGGGGACAUAUACCAAAAUUAUUCAAUUUACUUAAUGUUCAACCCAAAUAUACUUUGUCAGUAUUACACCAAUUAUCACUAUCUGAGUAUUGUGUGACGGCCGUGUCGCAAACUGAAUGUAUCUUGCCUUUGAAACGAUGUAUGGAAAACAAUAAACCUUUGAUAGAGAAGGUUUGUGAAACUUUGAGCCGAUUGUUCAAAUACCAACAUGAUUCGUUGAUCAGUCAAUCACUAGAAAGUAACUUAAUACCAUUCCUGUUGAAUUUACUCGAAAGUCGGAUGGAAUACGUGGAUAGCCCUUCGGCAGUUAAAGCUCAGGUUGUUGCUGCACUAAAGGCAAUGACACUUAACUUGAAUUAUGGCGACCGAGUAUCGCAAAUUUUGCUGAAGCAUCCAGUAUGGGCUGAGUUUAAGGAUCAGAAGCAUGAUUUGUUCAUUACGGACACUAAUGUUAGAGGCUAUUUGACAGGAGUCAAUCCCACUGCAGGAUAUCUAACCCAAGCACCAAGUCAAAAUGUCGAAGUUCUAACUUCACCACCACCAAUUGAUAGAGAUGAUCCACUUGCUAGGCAAACUGAUUAAAAAUUUGUAAACUCCUAUUUUAUAUUUUUAUAAAUAUACAAUAGAAAUUUAGAAGCUAUUGUUCCAGUUACUCAGGCUUCUGACGUUCUCUGAUGAAUUACAUAUAAUAGCGAAACGUGGCGAUCAGAAAAAAAAUAUUAGAGGGUAUACACAUUUAGAAAACAAUAAGUAAAGUAAUAUAAAAAAAAUUGCGAUAAUUCACCUUCUACGCAUUAAUAUGAUUAUGCUUUGUACAUAAAACUGAUUCUGUAAUACACACCAUUACCGAAAAUGUAAUUUUAAUUAAGCGUAGUUUUUAUAUUUGUAUGCUUAUCUUAUCAACUGAAAAUGAAGAGUAAAAUGAUAAUUUUUUUUGAA